CCUUGGAGCACUAUCACUCGCAAAGGAAGCAAGAGACGUGUCGAUUGGAGAAGUUUCCAAGUUGAGAUCCAUAACCAAUGGAGGGUUGACAGCAUGUACAGUGUCAAGAAUAGUGGGAGACUUGGUUUGGAAAGAGUCAUCAAACUUGGAUGGAGAUGAAGAGGAAGGCAUCGGGGACUCGGAAUGGACAAGAGUAGAAUUGAGAGGAGUCAUGAUUUUGUGGGAGGUUGAUGCAUUGAAGGGGAUAAGAUAUCAUGUUCACGCUGAAUGGAUGGGGGAGAAUUAA